UCUGUAUUGCUAUAGUUAGCUCCCAUGGCCUCUUCUCCUAGAUGCUGUUGCAGAUGGAGCACCAAGCAGUAUGUCGUUGCAGUUCUCAUCGUGACCCAGGCUGCCACUGCCAUCGGCGUCAUCUUCUCAGUUCUCCUCUCGCCGGCCCAUAUCGCCUUCGCCAUCGCCAACGCGAAAACCGGCGGUGGUCCUGACAACAAGGACUACUACUACUUCACCCUCGUGUCCAUCAACACCAGCCCACGCACCACGGUGAAGUACAAGGCCAUAAACUUCGAGAUAUGGUACAGCUCGACCGGUUGGUCAGCGGCCCAGGUGGACACGCUGCCGGGGCAGUGGCAGCCGCCGCAGAAUAUGACCAACAUCGACGUGAAGGCUGAGUAUUGGCGGUACGAUGUCGUCGGGAAGAACAGCUGUCGGGGCUGGUCGUCGCCGAACGUGUCCCUGGUGGCCGUGAUAGCUGAAGCGCGGUUCAAGUUCGGUCAGCUGAUCUCACGGCCGUACACCAUCAGGGUGACCUGUCCGUCCGUGAAUUUUGAUGACCCUAACAUUAGUAACUCCCUGUUCAAUUGCACGGGGUGACUUUGUAAACAGUGAUCUUUCGAGUUGCAUUUGAUGUCCGACUCAAGUUAUGUGUGCGUCAAUCAAAUCUAAGCAUGU